CUGUCUCCCGGGACAGCGUGUUUCGCGCACCACAGUGAGUACAUCAAGGCAGCAACGAAACACAUAGCACCAAGAAAAACUAAACCCCCGGUAUGCUAUCAAGAUAGCAGCAAUAGCCGCCCUCGUGAUCAGAACUCUGUAUCAAAAAUUUCUAGAAGAUUUCAUGCGGAGUUCAUAGAAGACUGGCCACAAAGAUCGGGCUCACCUUACUUCGAUCCAAUUAAUCAAAGUGUUUGUAUACUAAGAUUACGAUGGUUAUCCGAUUACAGAAACAGAGACCAAAACCUACGGAAUUCAAUUACAAGUCAAACUCAGGUGUAA